AUGCUGUCCUGUUUCUGGUUCCUCUCUAAGCGCAUCAGCCCUUUGCAGGUAUCUUUGCGCUGCAUGUGCGGCGGCUCUGCGCUCCGUAGGCGCUGGGCCCCUGGGCGCCCCCCGGAUCCCCUGCUGGUCGCCCCCAGCCGCCCGCUGGCCGCAGCUGCCUCCUCCCGGGACCCUCCCAGAUCCACCACCUCCCGCUCCCGGGUGCGCCAGAACUUCCACCCCGACUCCGAGGCCGCCAUCAACCGCCAGAUCAACCUGGAGCUCUAUGCGUCCUAUGUAUACCUGUCCAUGGCCUAUUAUUUCUCCCGAGAUGACGUGGCUUUGAACAACUUCGCCAGGUACUUCCUUCGCCAGGCCCGGGAGGAGACAGAGCACGCGGAGAAGCUGAUGAGGCUGCAG